AUGACGGACCCAAUCAAACCUUCCACCUCACGUGGAAGCACCGUGAUCCACCCACGACGCGAGCCAUUCGAGUUCGGUCUCUUACCAAUCCCAAAGCUCAUCUUCUCCGACCCCACACAAUCCCUAAUCACAUUGAAACAGAACCUUCUCGACUCGUCCUCCAACAAUCGAGUCGACUCAGCUACAAUCUCCGAUUCGCUUCAGAUCUCCGCCGACCAAGCUACACUCCUCCUCGACACGCUCGCCGCCGUUCACCACUCCGAUUCUGAGCCUCUUGUUAGGGCUCAGCCUGGAAAAAACGACGCCGUUGGCGCUGACAUUCACGAUAUGAUUCUGCUGCUUUACAUUCAAUCGUAUAAAAGAUUGCUUCCUCGCUCUCAUAAGGACUCUGCUUCUGUUGCUGAUGUUUGGCCUUCUACUUCUGCUUUCGAUGGUUACUUUUCUGCUCUCUCUCCUCUUCAGCUUAUGCGCAGCAACAGUCGGCGUUUUAUGCCCUCGCAGGCUGAUGAAGAGGCACAUCAGUUAUUGUAUCUACAAAAGCACAUGGCUAACAUUCUAUCACUUCUAGCAGAGCCAGGCGAGAGUCAAGGGGAAGGCAAAGAAUCUCAGGUUGGUUUGUUGAUUUACUCUGUGAUACUCAUGGUUUUGUAA